UCAUAUAAGAGAAGCAGGCUAGGGCUGCAGCAUUCACUGGCCUGGGCCCUCUUGUUUCUCUCUGACUACUCAGAGCUCACUCUCUGUUCUCCAGCCAUGAUCUCCAGACAGCAGGGUGCUCGGGGCCUGUCCCAGGGCUUUAGCUCUGGCUCUGCCGUCUUAGGUGGGGUCAAGAGGGUUGCUUUCAGCUCAGCCUCCAAGUCUGGGGGUGCAGGCCGCUGCUCCUCUGGGGGAUUUGGCAGCAGGAGCCUCUACAACCUUGGGGGGAACAAGAGCAUCUCCAUCAGCAUGGCUGGAUGCCGGCAGGGUGCUGGCUUUGGAGCUGCUGGAGGUUUCGGGGCUGGCAGCUUUGGUGCUGGUUUUGGUGCUGGCAGCUUUGGUGGUGGAUUCGGGGGCUCCUUUGGUGGACGGGGUGGUUCUCCUGUCUGCCCUGCUGGAGGGAUUCAGGAGGUCACCAUCAACCAGAGCCUGUUGACCCCACUCCAUGUGGAGAUUGAUCCUCAGAUCCAGCAGGUCCGGACUCAGGAGCGAGAGCAGAUCAAGAUCCUCAACAACAAGUUUGCCUCCUUCAUAGACAAGGUGCGAUUCUUAGAGCAACAGAACAAGGUUUUGGAGACAAAGUGGAACCUCCUCCAGCAACAGACAACCACCACAUCCAGCAAAAACCUGGACCCCUUUUUUGAGGCCUACCUCAGUGCCCUGAGGAAGCAGCUGGAUGCCUUGGUCAAUGACAAAGGACGCCUGCAGUCUGAGCUGAAGACCACGCAGGACAGCGUGGAGGACUUCAAGACCAAGUAUGAAGAUGAGAUCAACAAACGCACAGCUGCUGAGAAUGACUUUGUGGUGCUCAAGAAGGAUGUGGAUGCCGCCUACAUGAACAAGGUGGAGCUGGAGGCCAAGGUGGAUGCCCUUAAUGAUGAGAUCAACUUCCUGAGGGUCCUCUAUGCUGCGGAGCUGUCCCAGAUGCAGAGCCAUGUCAGUGACACAUCUGUGGUCCUCUCCAUGGACAACAAUCGCAACCUGGACUUGGACAGCAUCAUCGCGGAGGUCCGUGCCCAGUACGAGGAGAUUGCCCUGAAGAGCAAGGCUGAGGCCGAGGCCCUGUACCAGACCAAGUUCCAGCAGCUCCAGACCUCAGCUGACCAACAUGGUGACAACCUGAAGAACACCAAGAGUGAGAUUUCGGAGCUCAACAGGAUGAUCCAGAGGCUGCGGGCUGAGAUUGAGAAUGUCAAGAAGCAGUGCCAGACUCUGCAGACCUCCGUGGCUGAUGCGGAACAGCGUGGGGAACUGGCCCUGAAAGAUGCCUACAACAAGCGUGCAGAGCUGGAGGCUGCUCUGAAGAAGGCCAAGGAGGAGCUAACCCGGAUGCUGCGGGAGUACCAGGAGCUCAUGAGUGUGAAGCUGGCUCUGGACAUCGAGAUUGCCACCUACCGCAAGCUGCUGGAGGGCGAGGAGUUCCGAAUGUCUGGAGAAUGCCAGAAUGCCGUGAGCAUCUCUGUGGUUGGUGGUGCUGCCAGUGCAGGAGGCGUCGUGGGAGGAUUAGGAAGUGGUUCCGGGUUUUGCCUGGGAGGUGGCUUUGGCUCUGGCUCUGGAGGUAGCUGUGGCUUUGGUGUGUCUGGCAGCAAGAUCGUCUCUACCACCACCCUGACCAAGAGAUCUCACCUAUAAAGGAGAUGAGCUCCCAGCAGCCCCCUGAGCCCAGUGGGGCCCAGUCUUGGUGUCUUUGUGCUGCCUUCACCUCCAUCUUCACCCUACCUUUCUGGGGCUCAUCUUACCAGUGUCACCUCAGUGCCGGGUGUGGACUAUCUGCCCUUUUGGAAUUUGGUAGCUUCUUCUCAGUUUGGGCGUGGUGACUCACCUGGAAUGGGAAGAUUGUCAGCUGACUCUUCACCCACCAAGGACAGAGGAGAACACAACCAGAAGCUUCAUCUCCAGAGUCAUCGGGGUCACAUAUGUCUCCUCCCAGGGCAGUGCCCUCUCCUACCAGAUCCUGGAUAUCCCUCUACACCAGCUUCUUCUCCAUCCCUUGGCAGCAACUGGCCCUACAAGGUCAGGACAAGAACCACUCAGUGUCCCAUCCAACUCUUCUCCUUCCCUCUAUCCAUCUUUGGGUGAAUUUUCAAUAAAACACUUUUGUCAUUCA